AUGUUUAAUGCAUUGUAAAAUUCGUCCCCAUAAUUUACCUUCUCAUUCUUCCUUUGCAAGGGGGACGGGAUACGGUGACAACCCCUAAGGGGGUUGUCAGAUUCACAAUCAAGGGUAUUUUGGGUAUGAAAAAAAGAAAUAUAUUAAUUACCUUUUGUGUAUUAAUUAUAUUGGGAAUUAAAAACUCAUAAAUACAAUUUUUUUUAAAUUUAAAUCCUAUACAUUAAUAUCUCUAUCUAUCUCUCUCUUCCUUUCUCCAGCGGCCACUCCGCAUCGACGGACAGACUUUUUCUCCGGCGAAUUCUCUCCGACGGACUCCCUCCGGCAACCUGAAAAAAUGACCCAGUGCAUUAAAAAGUGUAUCAAUCCAUUAGUCUACUGGUAAUUAAUAUACCAGUGCUAGUGGUACGCAACCAAUGCGUUAAAAAAUGUACCAGUACUAGUGGUACGCUACCGAUACAACGCUACCACUACCAUUGGUAGCGGUACCUGUAGAGAAUAAAUGUACCACUAGCAUUGGUAGCGAUACCAGUAGAGAAUAACACAAAAAGAAAACAGAUGAUAGUGGUACCAGAUGAUAGUGGUACGCUACCACUACCAGCUACCUUAUGGUAGUGGUAGGUACCACUAUCACUGGUACGCUACCAGAAAAAAAUGGUACCACUAAAAAACCAGAUCUAGAAAAGGGGAGUCGGUGACGGGAGAGAGAGUUAGGGGAAGAGGGUGACCUCGCGACGGCGGCAGUGGUGGGGGACGAAGGGCGGCGAGAGGGCUCCGGCGGGGAGAGGAUGAUUGUGCCACGGUGGUGGGAGGCGGAGGGUGCCGACAGGCGGCUGAAGGCGGAGGGGAGAGGAUUUCGCUCCCGUCUCGUCCGCCGAGUAGGGAAACAGGAACUACCGGCGAGGUUGGAUACGACGGCGGAGGAGGAUCGCGUCGGUGGCGGCGAUGGUCAGGCGGAGGAGAAGGAGGAUAGUCGGAGAUGGCGGAGACGAGAUGGCGGUUGAAGGCUCGACAGGCGGCUGAAGGCGGAGGGGCGCCGACGUCGGCGGUGGAGGGCUGUGGCGGCGGAGGGCUCUGCGAGAGAGGGAGGAGAGACAAUGAUGGCUACGGGAGAGAGGGAGGAGAGAGAGAGAGGAAGGAUGAAGGAGUUAGGGUUUUUUAUUUUUAUAUGGUAGGGUGAAUGAUUGGGUGUGAUAAAUUUUUACCCUUCCAAAAAUACCCUUCCUUUAAUCUUAACCCUUAAUUUAAAAAAAGGAAAAAAAAUACAGGAGAGAGAACGUAUCUAAGAGCUAUGAAGUGGGUUGUGAAUCUCCCUUGAUUGUCACCGUAUUCCGUCCCUUUGCAAGGUCGCCUUGACACAUUCUCGUAAAGUACGUACUUACAAUGCGCAAGUUCCAUUCUUUUGAAUAUCUUUUGUACCCGAAGGGAUCGUCUACAGCUGUGAAUCUUUGAAUUGAGAGCAUUUUCAACAUUCAUAUUUCGAAGAUGGGAAUGAAUACUACUUCGUGGAUGAUUUUUAAAAGUGUAAUUGUAAAAUUGUUUAAAAAUAUCAAUCAUAAUGAGUCGGAAUGAAUUAUCCUAACAACAUAAUAAGGAGAUUCCAGCCCGCAGCACCAUUAAUUCCUGUUUUCCUGCGCUCUGCGCAGUUCACGGGAGGCCAAAUUGGUAAAAUGACUCCGUUUUCAUUCGAUUGAGAUGGGUCGCCGGUAGAAAAUGUCUGGGCCCUCCCUCAAAACCCAAUCCUGUCGCGCCUGCAAACUUGAACGCCCUCAUCGGGCCAGAUUGGGCUGUCGGACUGACCGAGACUCUCUUGCUAUCUCUCUCAAACGAACCCCAACUUCCAGCCGCCGCCUGCCCAAACAACCUCGCGGCGAAACUCACCGCUCGCAGCCUCUGUGAAAUCGAACCUCACCGCGGAGCCUGUCUUUCGCGUCCCCCAACUCUCUCGCUGCCGACCGGACCAAACCUCACCGCCUCUCUCGCUGGCGGCCGUAAUUUCAACAUCGCAGCUGUCUCUCUCUUCUUGUCUUUCAUGUCCGCCAACUCUCUCGCUGUCGGCGGCCGGCCGGAAAUCUAACCUCGCCGCCCAACUCGAGCACAAACUCGGAGCCUGUCUUUCGUGUCCCCUAAAUCCGGCAGGCCGUGUUGUGGAUGUGGAGAUUUUGUUUCCCCUUCCUUCUCCAAUACACCCUUCUAUUCUGCCCCGGUGCCAAUCGAGCCACCACAAGACCCACACUUCCUCCCUCACAAGCGGUGCGAUUUCUCAAUUUACUACUGAAGAAAACUUGAUUUAGAGUUCAAUAACCUGCUCAGCAACUCCGUCAAUAAGGUAACAAAUCAUGUCGCAUGUUCAUGUCUUCCCCCUUUUUGGUUUGAUCUGUUGCAUAUCACCAAUGAUGGUACUGUUACUACAUUCACAUCAUUAACAAGAGGCCGAUUGUGCACGAUUCUACUAGCUAGAUCGUUUAGUUAAAUGCUAUUUGAUUCUUCUAGACUAAAAGUUGUAAUUGACUGAUAUAAUUGGCCUCUGAUAUGUAUUGUCUUUCAAUUCACUGCUAUUGAUCUCGCAAGAAUCAAGUUGAAGUGUUAACCAUUCCAAUGUACGCAAUUGGACAUCUGCAGACUAAGAGUUUUUGUGAGGCUUUGAACUUUGCUUCACACGAUUUUGAAGUAAGAGUUGUCUGCUUAGAGUUUCAAUACAAAUUAACAUUCUCAUAUUUUUCGUUUUUAUAAUUUAAGGCUGCAGUAUAACAUUUUGGUGAGUUGAUAGGUUGAAUGUUCUCCCAAGUAGUUUGGAGAUCCCAAAUCCCAGUCUAGGCUUGGGCAUUUUAUUUGGAAUGUCGUUAUUGGUUCUUUGAGGCAUUGCCCGCAAUGACGUUCAUGUGCCUGCAGAUUGUGUACAACCAUGUUGCCAAUUGAAGCUACAAGUCUGGCAGAUUAUGGGGGUGACGAUUGGUGCUGCAACCGAAGAUAUUUGAUGGAUGCCACAAGGAUGAACUAAGGGCAACGAUAGGGCAGGAGAUGUGGAGCUGAACACCAGAAAGAACUUAGCAUUUGUUUCAUGCAAUUAAAAAUGAGGGUUUUGUGAUUUAAAAAUUAAAUGAUUUAUCAAUGAUUUUAGGUAUUAUAUAUAAAUUUCCAACAACCAUUUGUUUGCUGAGAUGUUUUGAUCAUAAAUUUAUGGGUUUGAGAUGUAGAACUUAAAGUUCAAAAGUACCUUAUUAUCAUUUUUUAUUUGUCUGCCAUGUUUAUCAUAUGUACACAAAUAAGGACAAUAUGUACAAAUAAUCAUAAUGUUACCGCAAGUACAAUAAUAAUAAUAAUAAUAAUAAUAAACAAGAGUUUUAUUUUACGUCAAAAGUUGUAUAACCAGAGAAAUUUUGUUUAAUUUUAACGUAAAAUAUAUCAAUUAUCAAUUUUUUUUAUAAAAGGUGAUACCAAUUUAGUAAUAGCAAGAAGGAAAAUAUUAGAACACAAGUAAGGGCAUAAAAAAUCUUACUCAUAUUCACGGAUUAAUUAAAUAAUUGUAUUAUUGAUUUAUUAUUAAUUAAUUGAUUAAUUAUAAUGUAAAAUAUCUAAAAUAUCUAAAAGUAAGUGCAACCUUGACAUAUUAAAUUUCAUGAGUAUAUAUGUGUAAAAUUUCAUCACAGAUUUAUAGCAUAUUUCAAAUCUCCCAUCAACACUUGGGAUUCACAAGAUUAUACACUUGGGAUUCACAAGAUCAUGAAAACACUCGGAGUUGGACAUAAAAAUUCAAGGACCCAACGGAUUUGAUCCAAAAAAUGAUGGAGCAAUUAAUGAAUUUCUAUUAAAUCCAUAAUGAUCAUGGAUUUGUGCCCUCAUCCAUCCCUCAAAUCGAAGAUGCAAACGUCGCUCAAGUGCACAUGGGGCUGAGGUUCCCUGGGUUAUCAAAUAAAAAAAAUCCAAGAUGCAAACCACCCCUAAAAUGCAGAGGAAGAGGAUCAAAUAAAAGCAUAAAGUUGUCAGUAAGAAAAUAUAUUUUCACUUGAAUUUGUAUAAGUUGUUGCUUAAUUAGUAUUUCUCUAUUUUACAUAGCACUUUUAUGGAUGGCUUGGUGACUGAGGAUUUUAGAAUUUGGGUCAACUGUGAAGGUUGUAUAUGGUUAGAAACUUGGAAUCAUCCUAAAUAUCAAGAAUAUGGUGCUUGAUUUGUAUAAUCUAUUUGACCACUUCCUUAUGAUUUAAAUGUGAAAAUUUAAAUAGUUGGAAAUAUAUAUGAUAUGGUCGACAUGUAUAUUUGCACAUAGAAAUAAUUUUACACGGAACUUGAUUCCCACAAAUUUAAUUGAGUGUUUCCAUAGCGUCACCUUAUCUUUGUGUAUAUCUCCUGCUUUGAAAGCACCAGAGUAGGAAAAACCAUUCAUCAAAGUUCAUUUUCAUAUUAUUUUUUAUUUGUUAUAAAUAGGAUGCAUGUUUAAUUGUUUAUCUUACUUAUUCAUGGAUAAUGUCUUCAACAACCUCUCAAGCAUGGGUUGUAAGCAUUGGUAUCUAUUGUUCGUGGUAAUACAAGUGCUUCUGGAAAAGAAAAAAAAACUCCUCUUAUUAUAUUGUAAGUAUAAUUUGGUGAAUUAAUGUAAGGAACAAAAUACACGUUCCUAGCAUUUCCUUGCAGCUUUCAUCUCAUUACUAUAACUAUCAUGUUUAGUUUGUUGGUUGUACGAGUACCUUGAAGCACAGAGGGGAUCAGACUGGGAGUUAUAGCCAGAGGUUGAUAUGAGUGUUGGUUUAUUGCGAUUUGCAUCCAAGGGUUAUGUAGCCAAAAGGAAGCUCAAGUCUAUAGCUCUUUCGCUAGGGAUUCUCAUAUUGGUCAGGAUGAAGAGAUAGGAUUAGAAGAAAUCAUCACUAGAGAACCCGGAAAGAUAAAGCAGAACUAUUGAGAAUCUGGGAUAGGAUUUGAAGCCACAAGGAAGUCGUUCGAUUGUUGGUGAAGUACAGUUAUAGGCUUCUGCCUUGGUUCCACUUACCUGGUCAUUCAAUAUGGUGGGUGAAGUAUUGACUCAUUCUUCUGUGGAAUGAAAAUCAAUCAGACUAUUGAAUUGGUAGCCCAAGUAUUUAUUUCCCAUUAAUUUUUUUACUGUUCAUCUCAUGUAACAUUUUUCAACACAUUAGAGAUGUUAUUGCUUAUUAUUAUUGUUUGUAAAAUUAAAAAUCAAUUCUUUUAAUUCAUCUUCAUAAUAAACAUUCAGUGGCUCUAUCCGCAUAGAAAGUUUAAAUUCAACUUAUCCCAUAAACACUUGCAUACAACAAUUUUUAGAUGAAACUUUCGUGGGUAUUAAUAAACACAUAUUUUUUUGCUAAAAUUUUGUUCAAACACCAUUUUAUUACAAAAGUUAUCCAAAAAAAUUAUUUUCAAUUGGGUUUAUAUUUCAACCUUAAUCAAAUUAUAUGAUUAGACGUAAAAUACCCGCCAACCGGGGGCGGGCCCGGUGCUAGCACAGAGAGGCAUGUUAAUGGGCUCAGGGAAAAGAUUUUUCACCGUUCCAAAUAUUUUACAAUUAAAUUUUGAUUUUCAAUGAAAUGCAUGAGAAGGAUGAGACUAUUUAUGAUGAAUAUAAAAUUUCAUUAAUGAAGGUGAAGUUGUGUGGAGAAGAUGCUUUUGAUGGAGAAACAAUAAAAAAGAAAUCCAAAAGGAAAUUUGCGAUAAUUCUAACAGCAAAGAGUACAUUGAAGUUGGUUUUGAAUAUUAAAUUUUUUAUUAAUCGGUUACUUGCAUGAGUUUUGUUGUUUACUUUUAAUAAGGACUUCUUUAUAUGAGUGUUAAGAUGUUGUAAAACUCAUGAUACAUGUUUUUUUUUAUAUUUUUAGUUAUCGAAUAAUUUGUGUCCUUUCAUGAUACCAAAUAGAUGAUUCGGGUAAUUACUCUUAUUGUCUAUACUCUUGAUAUAAUUGAUCCGGCCAACGGGCGAGCCUGUGACUAGUUUCUCAUAUAAGACACAUAGCCAAAUUCAUCAACCAAUCGCGUCCCCUCACCCGGACUUAGUAUAGGGUCAGUAACCAUUGAUUACUAACAUAUGAGUAACUAAAUUUGGAUCUUAGAUCUAAGUGGACUCAGAAAAUCCAGAUCUAAGAGUUGUCAAUUAAAGACAUUUUAUUUUCCCUAGUUUUUUUAAUCGGCUUUUAUCUUCUUCGUUCUAACUCGGAUUUCAAAUUUUUUUUUUUACAGAUGGAACAAGUUCGUUGUGCUCUACAAAAUUAGAUCAAUUUUUAAUAUAUUUCGAGAUUUUUAUUCAUACCACCCGUUGCCAACUACAUACCAUAUGGUAACUUCUUCGUUUUUAAGUCGUUUUUUAAAACGUUUGCUCAAAAGGAACGAGUUCAUCAUGAUCUAUUGGAUCUAUAAAUUUCUGGGUGAAAAAAAUACUGAACCAAAAACUACUAUACUUUACCUCUAUGGUAUGUGGAUGGUAGCUUGUGGUAACUUGUAGUAAACAAUGAUGAAAGUCAUAAAUGACACUUAGGGGUCGUUUGGAAGUUGCGAUUGUUAAAUAGAUGUAUUGUUGAGAAUGCAUGUAUAAUAUUAUACAUGUAUUGUUGAAUUUGAUGCAUUGUAGAAUACAACGUUUGGUAUGUGUGAUUGUGUAUGUCGCAUCAGCUAAAACCUGAGACAAAACAAUCUCAACUCAACUAUCUCAACAAUCACAACUAAAAGUUGAGAUGUAACAAUCACUAAAAAUGAGUGAUAGUUUCUGUCACAUCACAGAAACAAUCCAUCUUUUGUUUCUGCUAAAAAACCAAAACGAUGCAUUGUAAACAAUACAUGCAUAAUGAGAAUCUCAACAAAACUAUCGCAACUUCCAAACGACCCUUUAGUAUACUCCUACUAUCAUGUAUUCAACCUUCUUACCAUAUUGAUAUGUUCAUACCAUUAUGGUACGCUUUCUUAUCAUAUAGUAUUAAAUAGGAGCAUAUCAUAUGGUAAUUACUCGUAAAAAAAGACUCAAUUUUUUUGUACUAAAAAUAUAUCAAAGUGAAUAUCAUUUUAAAUAGCACAUUUAAUCUGAUUUAUCUUUGCAAAAAAAUUAACUUUCGACUUAAAACGAGAAAGAAAUCGUCGGUUAAAGAUGAAAGGAGAAGGGAUUAAAAAAAACUUUUAAGAAGAGAGAGGGAUGCUGAUGUGGACGGGUUACUCAUAGUUACUCACCAUAAAGUUACUGACCAUAUCCGCUCCCCUCACCCGAUAACGACUCAGUUUGGCCCUACCGUAGUUUUUGCAGAAGCAGCUUCUGGCUUGAACUUUUAGAGAAGUACUUGUAAAAAAAACAGUGAAGUGUUUGGUUGAAAUUUUAUUAAAAGUGCUUUUUAAUAUGAGAGGUUGUGUAAAAUGACUGUAAAUGACUUAUAAUAUAAACUAUGAAUAAUAAGUCUAAACAAUAAAAUGUAAUCAAAAUGGAUCUCUUUGACUUCUUUUAUAUUAAAUAAUAUGAUUUAAAAUUUAUUUUAUUCUUAAAAUGAUAUAAAUGAAAUAAAAUUAUAUUUUCUGAAAUAAAAUUAAAAUAUGGUAAGGAUAAUCUUGUAUUUUCAAAACAGCUUUUCGCAGAAGCUCCAAAUCGGAUCUUCUGCUUUUAUGUUAUAUAAAAGCGUUUUUCGGCUUUUCAAAAGCCAAACUUUUAGAGGUGUUUGAUCCUACUUCAACUUUUAAAACCGAAAAGCACUUCUAAAAGUCGGGCAUAACAACAAUAAUUCUCUUCUCAGCCUACUCGGUGCCUUAUAUCACCUGAUCACUACCAGAAUUAGUAAACUGAAGCGUCACUUGCUUCAUGAACUACGGUGAGAGAUUUGGAAUCAAGUUCAGUGCUUGCAAAUUUUAGAGUACCAUAUUCCUCUAAAUUAAUUAGCAAAAAUUGUUAAAUAAAAACAAUUAGUAAUCGUGUUUCUUACCCAUAAAUAGAAUUCACCACAACGGCUCAAGAUAGUGUGCAUAACCAUGGGUUAUGCAUCCAUCAAUAACCAAAUUCGGACCCUUCAUAUAGAAAAUUCAGAUCUAAGGAUGGAAAAUUAAGGACCAUUUUUAUGUUUCCUAGCUUUCUUAAUCGGCUCAUAUCUUUUUCGUUUUAACUCGGAUUUUAAUUUUUUUUUUGCACAGAUGGAAUGAGUUCAUCGUGCUCUACCAAAUGAGAACAAUUUUCAAUAUUUUUUUAGAAAAAAAAAAUUCUGGCCUCUUGGUACCAACUGCAUACCAUAUGGUAUCUUCUUCGUUUUUAAUUCGUUUUUGAAAAAGUUUGCACAGAAGGGACGAGUUCAUCAUGAUCUAUUGGAUCUACAAAUUUUUGGGUGAACAAAUUACACGACCAAAAAAUACCACACAAUAUCAUACAAUACCACCCUGGUACGGGGUGGUAUUGUAUGGUAUCUUCUUCGUUUUUAAUUCAUUUUUGAUAAAUGUUUGCACAGAAGGGACGAGUUCAUCAUGAUCUAUUGGAUCUAAAAAUUUUUGGGUGAACAAAUUACAGGACCAAAAAAUACCACACAACCAUACAAUACCACCCUGGUACGGGGUGGUAUUGUGUGGUAUACAAUGUUAAAAGUCGUAAAUGACAAUUAAUAUACUUCUACUAUCAUGUAUUCAACCAUCCUACAGUCUUGGUUUGUUCAUACCACCAUGGUACGUUUUUCAAACCAUAGGUAUGCUUUUAUUUCAAUACCAGUCAAUACCAUAUGGUAUAGACUGGUAAAAAAUGGCUCAAUUUUUUUUGUUCGAAAAAUAUAUUAAAGUGGAUAUCAUUUUGAAGAGCACAAUUAAUCUGAUCUAACUGUGCAAAAAAAAAAAAAUUAAAUUUCGACUUAAAAUGAGCGAGAAAUCGUCCGUCAAAGAUUAAAGAGGGGAAAAUUAAAGGCUUUCCAGGAGAGAGAGGAUGCUGAUGUCAUGCUGAUGUGAGCUGGUUACUCAUGGUUACUCACCAUAAUGUUACUGACCUGAUCCGUUCCCCACCACAACUCAUUAAAUUCAACAAACAAAUUCCCCCACCCCCACCUCUUAGGAUAGAGUCAGUAACCAAUCAGUAACCAUUAGUUACUGACCUAUGAGUAACUAAAUCUGGACCUUUAGAUCUUAGUGGGUCCAGAAAAUUCAGAUCUAAGGGUUGUCAAUGAAAGACAUUUUAUUUUCCCUAGUUUUCUUAAUCGACUCUUAUCUUCUUCGUUCUAACUCGGAUUUCAAAAUUUUUUGCACAGAUGGAACGAAUUCGUUGUGCUCUACAAAAUGAGAUCAAUUUUCAAUAUAUUUAACGAAACUUUUUUUUUACCAACUACAUACCAUAUGGUAACUUCUUCGUUUUUAAGUCGUUUUUGAAAACGUUUGCUCAGAACGAACGAGUUCAUUAUGAUCUAUUGGAUCUAUAAAUUUCUGGGUGAAAAAAAUACUUGAUAAAAAAUUACCAUACUUUACCACUAUGGUAUGUGAGUGGUAACUUGUAGUAAACAAUGAUGAAAGUCGUAAAUGAUAGUUAGUAUACUCCUACUAUCAUGUAUUCAACCUUCUUACUAUAUUGGUAUGUUCAUACCAUCAUGAUACGCUUUCUUACCAUAUGGUAUUAAAUAGAAGCAUACCAUAUGGUAAUGACUGGUAAAAAAUUAUUCAAUUUUUUUGUACUAAAAAUAUAUCAAAGUGGAUAUCAUUUUAAAGAGCACAUUUAAUCUGAAUUAUCUGUGUAAAAAAAAUUAAAUUUCGACUUAAAACGAGAGAGAAAUCGUCCGUUAAAGAUUAAAUAAAAAAAAGAUAAAAAAAACUUUCCAGGAGAGAGAGGAUACUAAUGUCAUGCUGAUGUGGACAAGUUACUCAUGGUUACUGAUCAUAGAGUUACCGACCUUAUCUGUUCCCCACGCCUAGAGGUGUCAAUUGGAUAGGUUGGGUCGGGUUCGGAUUGGAUCUAAUCAGGUUGGGAUCAAUCGAGUUGCGAGUUCAAUCGGGUCGGUUUCAAUUUGGAUCGGGUUUAAUUGGGUUGCAGAUCUAUUGGGUUACGAGUUAAUUAGGUCACUGGUCAAUUGGGUUACGGAUCGGGUCGGGUUAUGGGUGCAUCAAAUUACGGGUUUAUUAGAUUGCGGGUUAAUUCGGGUUCGGUCAGGUCGGAUUAUGGGUUUUUCGGGUCACCCCAUUGGAUCAUUUACUUCUUGACAAAAAAUAAUGUUUUACAAACUAUCAAUAUAUGAAUAUAAAGGUAAUGAUACAAAAUUUAAGAAAAUGAUAAUAUGAUAAUAUUUUACACAUACAAAUUAAAUAUCCAUUAUGUUAGUAUAGAACUAAAUAUAAAUUAAAUAGUGUAUAUAAAAGCUUUGUUGUUGGUUAUAAUUUUUUUUGUUUAUGGUGAGAGAUUGUAACUUCGCUUAUUUUAUUAAUUUAUAAAAAAAUUGAAUCAGUAAAAAUUUGAGAUGAAGUAAAAAAGGUAGACUAUAUGCUUAUACAUCUCGAAUUGAAUCGUUUUAAUUAAAUAUAGUAUGAACUAGAUAUGUGUCUCUUCAUUUCCACGAAGACUUAUGAACAUCAUUCCGAGUCAACCACUUAUAUAUCUUCACAAUUUUUUAUAUAUUCACGGUAACAUCUCAUCCUAAAAUUCAUGGGCCGAACAACGGUUCGCUCAAAUAUGAUAUCAUCAUCUAGUUCGAAUCGUCGAUUUAUUAAUUUAUAAAAAAUAAAUAAAAAUCAGUAAAAAGUUGAGAAUGAAGUAACAAGGGUAAACUAUCCACUUAUAUAUCUUGAUAGGGAUCCUUGAUUUCAUUGAUUUUCAAGGGUUGGUUAUUUUAAUUUAGUUAUGGGUGGCGGAGAUACAAAUUUGUGUCUAACUCUUCCUAUUAUCUUCAAAAAUUUAUCCUAUGAAUUUCAUAAAAUAAAAAAUGAAUGAAAAUAUAUUUCAAAUAUUAUUAUUUUAAAAAUUAAAUAUUUAAGAAAAAACCUCAAUUUAUACCAUCAAUUCUACAAAUAAUUUUCAAUUAUUAUGAGAACAACAGUUUUUUCUUGGUAAAUUUAAAAAUAUAAUAAUGUAUAAAUUGAAUUUUUGUACAAGCAUUGGGUCAAAUGGUGUUAUUCGGGUUAUUUGAGUUGGGUUCAGUUCGAUUAUGGGUUAUUUGGGUUAUGAAUCAUUCGGGUUAUAGAUGGAUCGGGUUAUGGGUUGGAUCAGAUAACGAGUUCAUCGAGUUAUGGGUUGAUCGAAUUACGGGUCAAUUGGUUUCGGGUUACGGGCAGGCUUCGGAUGGUUGACUUUUUGUCAAAUUGGGUUACGAACGGGUUAUGAGUUGGGUGGGUUGGGCGGGUUAGUCGGGUCGGGUUCAAUUUUGACAACUCUAUCCCCACCCCACCAAAUUUAUAAUAACCCAAAUCAAUUAACAAUAAGAAUGGCCUGCCGAGAUCUAUCAAUAUUUCCUUAUCCAACCCAAUUAAUUAGGAUAUAAAACUUGGAUUUUCUU